CGUCAGACCUGUAAUAAAACACCGCCCGGUGCCUCUCCAGAAGUUUGUGUGUAACGUCGGCUUAGUGGUAAGGAACGAAAUUAACUGAAAAAACAGAAUAAGGAUAUAACCUUAUUUCACUUUGCCCGGCCCAGUUGAACGAAGAAAACAUAUCAAGUGACGACAGAUUUCCUUAAGAGUACCAAGUGCGAGGAACUGUGAACACGAGAACAGAGCAAUGGACGUAAACGCCGAGGCCAAGCGAAUCAUGACUCUCUCCCUGGGCAAGCUUUACAGCUCGCGCUCCCAGCGCGGUGGACUGAGGCUUCACCGAAGCCUUCUGCUCUCUCUGGUUAUGAGGACUGCUCGAGACAUGUACCUCACUGCCCGCCUGGUCAGCGAGAGCGAAGGAGGGCAGCUCGCCACCGUCCACAGUGUCCAGGAACAGCCAGCGACCGAGGAGCAAAUGGAUACAAGCAGCACUCAGGUCGAGACCUCCACGCCACAGUGCACCCGGUUAGCUGAAUCCAUGGAUAGCCAGCCGUCCGAGGUGCAAAGCGAGCCUGGAUAUCCAAGCUGCGCCAGGGGCAAGGAGGACAAGGAGAACCACAGCCCAGUGAGUACUGAUCGCCCCUCAAGAAAACGCCGCGGCAAGGAAGCAGCCGAGCCAGACUUCCUGCCCAGCAAGAAGGCGAGAAUGGAAACCGGAGGGGAAAGCCCGAUCAUUCGGGGCGCUGGACUCAGAAACUGUAAUGGGAACAGCUGUCGAGUGGGUGAUUCGUUCACCUCCGUACCACUGUCCCAGGUCGUUGCUGUAUUCUGAAUCGGCGGCGCUAAAGUGGUUAUUUAAUCCCAAUAUAAGGGAUUCAGGUCUGAGCACAGACGGGCCAGGAAUUGACCUACUUCGCGAAGAGGUGACGAAGGUUUAACGCCGACAGGCGGAUUAUCGACCUCUACACCCCUGGCAAAGAGCAAGCCUCUGGUCAUGUGUAACGGAGGCGGCGGAGGUGGUCGGUGCCAUUCAUGAAGUGGAGUGAAAGCUGGGGCACGAGUGGGUCAGGGCAGCCCUGACCGCCCGCGAGCCGAGUGCGCUGGCAGAUGAUGAAGAUGAGUCAGAUACAACUCGCAGCUGUUGGAGUGGCUUCAAAUACCAAUUGUUCGCUGACCGCCAGACUACAAGUGGGUCAUCACACAGCGGUCGCCUUUGCACAUGUUGUAGACAUUGAAACGUGGACUGGGACGCUUCAGCAAACCGAGUUAUCCACAAAUAACCGGGGCCGGCAAGACGACGAUUCGCAGCAGAGUUGCUGCUGAAACGAACUCUAGGCGUUGAACUUAAGUUUUAAAGGUGUCAAACGUUGUUUACUUGCGCGUUGUACCAAGUUACAGCGGUGCCGCUGUACGCUGUAUCGCGAGACCAACAGUUUUGAGAAUCUACAGGUUUCUAUAGCUACAAUGAAAACAAACCCGUAUGUAAGGGUUUUGUCAUGCUUUUAAAUCAUUCCUUUGUGUCUGGAGAUGUAACGUAUUUCUAUUGUGUGUGCACAAACGAAAACUGAUGGAUGCAUUUUUGUAUUUCAUUUAUUAGGCUCAUGAAUUGAAUUUGAAUGUACAAAUAAACAUUUCAUAAAUGA